AUCGGAAUGUCAGGACCUGGAAAAUCGACGAGACCAGUCAGGCAACUGUCUUUGCAACCAACUGCGCCGCGUCGACAACAGAUCAGACGACAGAGAUCCGCGGAGGAUGACAAAUCGUCGCAAGUCAGUGCUGGUCCACUUGCGCGUGGCAAACGGGGAACCAAUGGCAAACCUUGUUCCGAGAGACUCAAGGUUCGCGUCGCCUGGAGCGAGAAUCGCCAGAAGAAUGGAAAAGAUCUCGAGCAUAUUGAAGUGGUGGCUCGUCAGAUUCCUGGACGUUCCAGGCCGGCCACCGGAAAAACGAGGGGUUUCAACGUGAACGAGAAACCGACGAUCCUUUAUUCCAGACAGGAGCUCGCGGAGAGACUGAGACUCGCCUGGAAGCAUCGCGAGGAGAACAAAGCUAACAUCAACAUUUUUUUGGCUCACGGUAUCUUGCAAGAAAGAUGCGAUUCCGAGAUGUCGCAAGACAUCACAACACAAGACAAACGUGUCGAUGAGGAUUACACGGAAAAAGGAACGGAGAGUACUACGGACAGAAAGUCUACCACAGUUUUAGCGAACAGUGAAGACAUUCCCAACAAAGAUGGCGACGAGUUGUCAGAUUUUCAGCACUCUUUCGCUGAAAUAGAAGAAAUUGCAGACGAAAAGGAAACUUCUGAACGCGGGGGUAGAAAGUGGGAAGAGGCGAGCAACGCGGAAGAGAAGCAAACAGACACUAAUAAGAAACCUGAAAAACAACAAAUCCCCAGGACAAGACCAAAUUACAGCACUCCAACUCAAAAACCUACCCAACCGAAUGAUCAUCCAGCUUUACUACAUCCUCAGACCAAUCAGCCUCCUGAGCCUGCUAGGCAAAAUCCUAGAGAAAAUCAUCCUGAUACAAAUACAAUCCCACCUCUCAGAAAACAACUCCCUAAUCCCAGAACAAUUUGGCUUCCGAGCCAAACACUUCACAAUCCACCAAGCCCUCAGACUGCAGGAAGACAUUGCGCUAGAAGUGAACAAGAACAGAUCGGUGGCUCUAGUCCUACUAGACCUCCAGAAAGCCUUCGACACUGUCUGGCACAAUGGACUCCUGCUAAAACUACACGACUACCCAGAAGUUCGAACGUCGACGAGCAUCCUUCCAGCUCGAAGAAGAAGUCGUCGUUGAAUAUCGACUACUCAAAUAUCCGCGAUUUGUCCUCGUCAUUGCCGUCGAUUAAAAAUGAAAGUUCGACGUCGGUUGCCGUGAAAACGUCGAAGGACGAUUUCUCCACCGCCAAGCAAAAGCGGGCGAGUUUUCACAGCGGCGGGAACAAGGCGUUUCUCGAGCCGAUCAGAUCGUCGAUAGAAUCGAAAUGGUGUCCGGUGGUGGACAAAGCUGCUCAGCAGAAACUGACCACGGACGCCAAGAGCGAAAAAGGCUCACCGACGCAAAAAAACUUGGAGAGCAAAGAUAACGUUACGUUCAACAGAGCUGCGGUCGCAAAGAACCCGUCGGAGAUAAGAUGUGGCUCGAUCGAGAGGAAUGCACGCACGAGAACCACGGUCGAGAACAAAACGAUUUCAUCAUCCUCGGAAGAUGAUAAAACGAUUGAUCAGAAAAUAAGCGAUAAUAAGAUUUCUUCGACGAUAAAAAAGACUGCUUCUACGAACAAUAUCGCGGAGAACAAAGAUGGUUCCAUCGAUAAGAAUAUUUACGCGAGAAACGCGUCCGAUGUUGCAUGUGGCGAGAAAAAUUCAUCGUUGAAGAAGAUGAUAGAACCUCAGAAGAUCGAACAGAAAUCGAGGAGGACCAGCUCGGCACCGCCGCAACGUCACUUGGGAAAUGCUUCGACGAGUAAUCGUGUUCAGGUCAAUAUCGUAAUCAACCCAUCGAGUACUCCAGCUUCGGGAAAGAAUAACGAUCAGGAGAAGACGGACACGGAUUGCAAAGAUAACAGAAUAGACACGGCCUCCACAAAGGUGUCAUCGGGACGAUCGGUGAGAUCAGCGCCGUUGAAGAAACGGUCUAGGAGCGCGAAGAGACGUUUUUGGGGCACGGGCUCUUGCAAAAACGACGAGGACGGGAAAUCACGAAACCAAUCGGCUGGCCGUGGAAGGAACCCGAUCGAUUCGAAAGCAAUCGAUAUCGUCACAAUGGUAUCCCUUGUCAGCUCCGCGGACAGCGGCAGCGACACCGAGAAUUCACCCAGGGAUGAUAAAUUGAUCGACCAGUUACGCAGUAAACUACCCACUACAUCCAUAAUCAAAACGUCGAUGAACCCAACUCUAAGCGUCGCGAGAAAGCCCAUUAAAUCAGUGUCCUUUCAGAGGCAUUCCGUCGACGAGGAUCCGCCAAACGAGCAACCGUCGCCAAACGAAGAGAAAAAAACGACACCGGCACGGCUCGCGAUCGUUAACCGUGGAAACAGGGGUGCCACGACGAGCGAGGAAACGCUGCCUUGGAGAUCGGACAUACCAGGCUUGGCUCUGCCUAUUUUAGCAUUGAUUCAUGAUCCUGAGGAGGCUCACGACGUCCCGUUGACUGAUCGCGAAAAGAGAUGCCUGGCGGUGCCCAUCGGUGAUUUGCACGAUGGGAAACGGAAGCUUUUCAAGACACGUAGCACCCCGUCACGACCUGUAAUGGAGAAACAGACAAUUUCAUCGAAAGUAAAAAUGCAAGAAUCGCCGAGAACCGUUCCGCAGAAUAUAUCGAGCCCCGUGCAACACGUUAAAACGCCCGCGACUAAUUACCCCGCAAACGUAAGGCAAAUGUUGUCAUUGUCGUCGAACGUAAUGUAUAAUAAACUGUCACGAGAUAAUUCACAGGUGAAGCAAACGUGUGCAACAACUUCAAAUGGGACUAUUCAACAUGUACAACCAGCACCCGUAAAACCGCAGUUCCACACUAACAAAGAAAAAGAGUGUUGGCAUCUUUACAGAAAAAUGUGCGAUAAAGGUGUUUCCGUGUCCUUUGACACUGUUUUAAGAGGUAUACUGACACCAACAGAGUAUCGAUUACGACAGAGGGAGCUCCUUCAGGAUUCACAAUGAAGAUGCAUUGGGAAAUUUUGUUUCUCAUAAAUGAAUCUCGACUGUCCACCAUUUUCA